AUGCCAGGAAUGGAGUACCUGCAUAACCUGACCGAGAUCGACCAGGUCGUCAUCCUCGGACACAGUGGCGGUGGUACCAUGAUGGCCGCGUACCAGGACAUCGCAGAGUACGGUGCCUCUGCCUGCCAUCUGCCAGCGAUAAGGGAAGAUCUACCCCUCAACAAUGGCACCGUUGAGUCUGAACCAGCCGUCAUUGACGAGGUGACCCGUUCCAAGCUCAACUAG